GCUGUCUGAGACCGAGAGUGGUUUGUGUGCUGCUGUGCUUGAGUCUGAUUCUGAUAUGGCGUAGCUUGGUUAGGAUUAGGAGUCCAAAGAGAAAAUUAUUUCAUUCCUUUACCAAAUUCCCGUUUGUUUUUUGUUCAAAUUUUGCGUAUAAUGGAUGCAACUAAACGUUUUGAUGCCCAUGGAAUUCAAUUCUUAUUUUUGGUUUCAUUUGUUGUAGUAUGCUGCAAAGCGUCCUCUACCUACUAGAUUGAUCAAACCGUAAAAUAAAAAUGGAGCCGUCCAUGGUAUCCAUCCACUCGACUGACUUUCGAGACUUGAUGGAUGGUCUCAAGGUAUCUCCGUUCAUGAAAUUACAGCAAUUGCCAAUAUUGGCUGAUGUUGACAUUGAAAAGGUAUGUGUUGACACUGCAAUAUCAGAUAAAAGGUCGUGCUCAUUUUGCAAAGUAACAUUUGAAGAUCAGGCUGAUCAGAGGCAACAUUAUAAGCUGGAUUGGCAUAGAUACAACUUGAAAAUGAAUCUGAAACAACGGAAACCGGUAUCGGAGGAAGACUUCACUCUAAUCGCUGAUGCAGGCGGCAUAUCCAGCAUCUCAGAGUCCGAUUCAGGAACUGACUUUGAUCCAGAUGUGAGUAAUGUGACCGAAGCUGAUCCCGAGACCACAUUGACCCAUUUGAUUGCGAGACGUAUGAGGAUUAUUUUCGAGAACAAAAAUGGAAAUAUCCUAUCCUUCUACCGCUGUUGGUUCUCAGGAAAAAAGGAUGAUAUUCCUUCAGAACCGGAAUUGGUGACUGCAGCCCAAAAUUUAAUUACUCGUUCACAAGUUAUGAUUAUACUAGUUGGCUCAGGUCAUUUUGCAGCAUCUAUCUUCAAAGGUUCCGAUGUUAUUCUGCACAAAACGUUUCAUAACUACGCGGCUCGUGCCAAACAAGGUGGUGCUCAGAAUGCGAAAGAUGGCAAGCGGUCAUCUGGCUCUAAGAGUGCUGCAAGUGGUGCAUCUGCAAAUCACAAAUCUAAUGAGAGAUCUCUAACUCAGGAUGUACAAGAACUGCUGACCAGUUGGGGGAAAGAAGUUGCCAGCUGUGAUUUGAUAUUUAUCCGAGCAGUUGGUCCGAUAAAUCGGUCGGUGAUUUUCUGUGGCAAACAGUCAGCUUUGGACAAACACGACGCUCGCUUGAGAACGAUUCCGAUUUCAACCAGAAAGGCUACAUUCCAUGAAACUGAGCGAGUAUUUUCACUGCUCUCCACUGUCACUGUCUAUGAAUCCAAGACAAUAUUCUGUGAUAAGUUUUCGUGCUCAACUCCGAGAAAAGAAUUUGAAUCGAAAAAUAAAGAAAGUGACUGUGAUAAGGGGAAGCGAAAAACGUAUGACAGAUCGAAAUCUAGACUAUCACCACAGAGGCCUUUACCUGAAAUCGUCUCUAGACUCGCAAUCGAACUGGAUGAUAACGAAAAUGAAGAGGUGUAUAGUUCUCAUUACCACAGGACGUCAUUUUCAGAAUCUCUCAACGAGUUUGAAGUGUUUGUUCCAAAUUUGAAAAAUGAUAUAAGGAAGAAGAAGAAAACCAGAAAAAUGAACAAGGAUUGUACAUCAGGUUCAUGUCGCUGAAUGGUGAAGAAUAUUAGAAACACGCAUGGAGAUUACGAUCUCCUUGUUGAAUUACAGAAAAGCACAUACGUCAAUGGAAUGGAGCAUUUGCCAGGGUGGUCACAACAACAAGAUAAACUAGUUUAACUAGUAAACUAGUUUACUCGACUUUCUUAACUUAAAUGUGAAAGAAGGAAAAGAAGAAGUUAAUUAGGUUUUUUUAUUUAGUUAAAAGUUGGUUUUAUUGAACAAACUUUUUAUAAUGCAACAUUAUCUUGAAUGCUAAAAGAAUGAGGUAUUCUGCUUUUGCUAAUACAUGUGCAAUAUAAAUCUUCAAGUAAAAAAUGAAUCUUACAUAGAACAUAAAUUUUAAUUUAUGUACAGAAAAAUUUACUUUACUUACAGAAAAGUUAGUUUUAUUGAACAAACUUUUUAAAAUGCAACAUUAUCUUGAAUGCUAAAAGAAUGAUGUAUUCUGCUUUUGCUAAUACAUCUGCAAUACAAAUCUUUAAGUAAAGAAUGAGCCUUACAUGGAACAUAAAUUUUAAUAGUUUUACUUACAUGGCACAUUUAUUAAUUCACAAUACAAACAUUAAAGUAAAUUAGAUUGAACUUCCACUGAGAUCAACUCGAAAAUAAGACGUAUUCAUUAUUAUAAUAACUUUCUCUCUUCAAAGUCAAUUAUUUGUUAUUGGUAUCUCACUUUCAUUAUACAUUAAUGUAGAUCUUUCAUGAAGCAGACUUAUCAAUUUUCUUUUGUUAUUUCCUCUUUGUUAUUAUUUGUAAAUACUUGACUUAAGGAUGAAAGUGGUUCUUAAUAAUGUACCACCUAAAAAUCUAGUAGAGAAGCUUAGAGUGUUGCAAGUAACACACGAAAGUACAAAAAUAUGUUGAUAAUACAUUAUAACAACAAUGGCAGUAUCAAGAAAUGAUAUGAUAUGAAUGUAUAUUGGAAUACCUGAGGAUUACUUCUUGGAAAUAUUAAUGAUAAAGUAAAUUUAUAAAAGAAAUAAAUACUUAAUAAUAAUUAAACAUUUUGUAAUAAUUAUGGAAGAUGGUCAGUACUCGCGAGAGAACUCUAAACUCUUAGCUUAGCCACUACAUUAUACGCGUAUAAUACUUAUUCUAUACUCUUUCUAGUACAUACACUAAAUUUUAACGUUUAACCUUUGGCUGUAUUACAAGGUUUCAGUUAUCACAAGGUAUUUACGUCUAGCUAUUAUAAUAGACUUUUUAUUAUUCAAAACUAAAAGAUUCUAUUGGACUCAUUAAAUGAUGAUUAAUUGUUACUAUCAAGGAUUUGUGGUCUAGUUUUAAGCUGUUGUAUAAAGUGUACAGACAAUCAAGAUGAACAUUUUGAAUAACUACUGCAUUUCAAAAAUAAAGUGUUCAAAUAGUUAUCUUAUAAAUUUGUGUGCUUGCCUGUAUGUAUUAUUAUGAAUAAACGAAAUGCAACAUA